GGAUUGCUUUCAGCACUCGCAGCCGUGGACAGCUCCCUCGCCGCGCGGUCCUUUUCUCUGCAGUGAGCUGAUUUGCUCUGCCAGCAGCUGUCGGUGCCGCACUAGACACCGAGUCCUAGCAAGCGCUCACAGAAUACGCGCUCCCUCCCUCCUCCUUCUCUGGCCCCCGCCCCUCGCUCACCCCGGCCCACUCCAGAGGCGACUUUGAGGGAUUCCCUCUUGGGCGGCCUCUGCAGCAGCACAGCUGGCCUCAUUCGCUGCACUGCGAGUAUGGAUCUCCGAGGAAGAGCGGUCCCCAGCGUCGGCAGACUUCGAGUUCUCUUGAUGCUGUUCCAUACAAUGGCUCAAAUCAUGGCAGAACAAGAAGUGGAAAAUCUCUCAGGCCUUUCCACUAACCCUGAAAAAGAUAUAUUUGUGGUGCGGGAAAAUGGGACGACGUGUCUCAUGGCAGAGUUUGCAGCCAAAUUUAUUGUACCUUAUGAUGUGUGGGCCAGCAAUUACGUAGACCUGAUCACAGAACAGGCGGAUAUCGCACUGACCCGGGGAGCUGAGGUGAAGGGCCGCUGUGGCCACAGCGAGUCGGAGCUGCAAGUGUUCUGGGUGGAUCGCGCGUACGCACUCAAAAUGCUGUUUGUAAAGGAAAGCCACAACACGUCCAAGGGACCUGAGACGACUUGGAGGCUGAGCAAAGUGCAGUUUGUCUACGACUCUUCCGAGAAGACCCACUUCAAAGACGCAGUUAGUGCUGGGAAGCACACAGCCAACUCGCACCACCUUUCUGCGCUGGUUACCCCAGCUGGGAAGUCCUAUGAAUGUCAAGCUCAACAAACCAUUUCACUGGCCUCUAGUGAUCUACAGAAGACAGUCACCAUGAUCCUGUCUGCAGUCCACAUCCAGCCUUUUGACAUUAUCUCAGAUUUUGUCUUCAGUGAAGAGCAUAAAUGCCCAGUGGAUGAGCGGGAGCAACUGGAAGAAACCUUGCCCCUGAUUUUGGGUCUCAUCUUGGGCCUCGUCAUUGUGGUAACACUUGCAAUUUACCACGUCCACCACAAAAUGACUGCCAACCAGGUGCAGAUCCCUCGGGACAGAUCCCAGUAUAAGCACAUGGGCUAGGGGCCAUCAGGCAGGCACCCUGCAUUCCUGCUCCCCCAACUGGAUCAGGUAGAAUAACAAAAGCACUUUUCCACCUCGUGCAUGGAAUACACCAACAUAGCUGCAAUCAAACAGGCCUGGGUAUCCGAGGCUUGCUUGGCUUGUGUCCAUGCUUAAACCCAGGGAUGGGGGAGACUCUUUUGGAUUUGUAGGGUGAAAUGGCAGUUAUUCUCUCCAUGCUGGGAAGGAAGGAGGGAGGAGCUCAGACAGCUUUCAUGCUCAUGGUGGCCAUGUUGCUCUCCAAAGAGCAACAGGUGCCACUUGAAGCUGUAUCUGGCCCCAAAAUUUAGGGAUUGAAAAUACACUCUUUUGAGGAGGAAACCCUUUUAAAUUCAGAAGAACAGGGGGUGCUUUGCUCCCUUGGACACAGCUGGCUUAUUCUAUACAGUUGUCAAUGCACACAAAAUACAACCUCAUGCUUCCUGCAGCAAGACCCCUGAAAGUGAUCCAUGCUUCUGGCUGGCAUUCUGCAUGUUUAGUGAUUGUCUUGGGAAUGUUUCACUGCUACCCGCAUCCAGUGACUUUGCAGCACAAGAACACGACUAAUGUAACUAUGCAGAGUUGUUUGGACGUCUCAAUGUGCCAGGUCCAAGUCGGGGGACCUGAAGAAUCAAUCCGUGUGAGUUUGUUUUUUGAAAUGAAUUAAAACACACUAUUCUCUGGC